AGGCCCAUGGCGCCACCAGCCGUUACGAUUGGGUUGGACGUGCUAUUGCCGACCGAGCCUUUCGUUCUAUCACCUAUCCUCGCCGCCGCCACCGCCGCCGUCUGGUAUCCCCUCGGAGAUUCCCCGUUCCCGCCUCUCCGGCCGCCGCAGGUUACCAAAUACGGUGAGCCGUGUGUUGCAGUGGAAUUUUGCACCUCAUUGUACUUUGAAGGCGAAUAAAGUCAUUCUCCAAUCUGAAGGCCAAACAAGGAGUGCACGUAUUGUCAUAAAGUUUGCUCAGCUGCUGUUGGACAUUGGAGAGCCCAGUGGUGGUUGUAUGCCUGAAAGGAAUUCUUUGUAAAUUUAUCAUCAUUAUUUUCCUGGCGUUAGGCAAUCAUGUCAGAGAGCGAGUUAGCAGUAAUAAAACCAGAGGCAUUGAAAACGUAUAUCUGGCUUCAGUGUUUUGAUGGCUCCAUACAACAAGUGGAGGAAGAAGUUGCCAUGUUCUGCCCUAUGAUAUGUCGGGAAAUAAUGAAAAAUGGGACAGGGUCAUCUAAGAAUCAUGCUAUAGUUCUACCGGAAAGAGUUAAUCCGGCAAGUUUGAGUUUGAUUCUUGAUUAUUGUCGGUUUCAUCAGGUCGCUGGGCGCUCAAACAAGGAGCGGAAGUCAUUUGAUGAAAAGUUUGUCCGGAUAGACACAGAAAAACUCUGCAAGUUGGCUUCUGCAGCCCUUGGUCUGCAGUUAAGGCCACUAGUUGAUCUUACUUGUGGAGCGCUUGCUCGAAUCAUUGGAGGAAAGACACCUGAUGAAGUUAGAGAUAUUUUCCAUUUACCAGAUGACCUAACAGAGGAAGAGAAACUAGAGCCACUAAAAAAUAUAAAUGAUGAUCCUACGAUUCGGUUAUUGAACCGAUUGUAUGCGAAGAAGCGGAAAGAACUGCUGGAACGCCAGAAACUAAAGGAUGUUCAAACACAAGAAGAGCAAAAAGAUGAGAGAUCUGUGGAUGAGUUACUUUGUUUUAUAAAUGGAGAUGGAGAUUCCAGAGGUGGGAAAGCUUCUAAGAAUAAGAAAAAGAAUAAAAGAAGGAAAGAUCAAGCUAAGAAUCCCACAAAAGCGAACUCCGAACCUGUAAAUAAGGAGGGGGCUUCCUGUGUGGUUCCGUGCAAAGCAGAUAGUGGUAACAUUUCUAGGCAUCCUUGCCAAACUCCAAAUUUGCAAGAUGAUAUCGAGUACCCCUUCGACAAUGCUUUUGAUAAUGCUGACCUUGAUGACGGACUUGAUCCUGCAAUGAGGGAAGAGAUUGAUAGAGAAGUGGCGGACUUUGCGAUGAAGUUGAACCUAGCUUGGUCCGAAAGAAUGAUUUUGGGACAGGACCAACGAAUGGAGUCGCAUGUUGAUACGCGGUGGUAAUGGUUCUGUGGCAGCGAUUCUCUGUUAGUUUUUUUCCGCAUAGAAUUUUCUUGAUGAGGUUUUUUGCUGUUAGAGUGGGCAGAAAACCUUAGGCAGGAAGGAGUUUUGUUCGAGAGAUACAGGAUUGUGACAUUGCAAGGUGCAAUGGUCAUGUUCUGUGAAUUGUAUGUACCCUGCUCUUCAAGAAAGUAGUGUGCAACCAUGUGUUACCCAAAAAAAAAAGGUGGAGUGAGUUGUGAGUGUAAAAACCAGAAGUUUUGAAUCUAUUUAUGUUCAUUAACUUUGACAGGAACUCUUAUAUCCUUAUGAAUGAAUAAAAGGGAAAAUGCUGUGUUGUUGGAA